CAACGGACAGCAAACUGAUGACGUGGUUCGGUCCGUUGACCAGAGCAGCAGUAUGGCCGACCAGAGCAGGCAAAUAAAACUCGCUGCAGCUAAGAAAAAGCUGAAGGAGUUUCAGCAGAAGAGCUCCCCUGCUAGUGUGGGAGGAGAAAAGGGUGGUGGAGGAGGAGGAGGAGGAGGAGGUGGUGGUGGUGGAGCAGGGGCCAAGAAGAAGAGGAAGGUGAAGGGACUGAGCCAACACGAUGCACCAUCAACAGACAGAAACUCUCCAGACAAUUUUGACAGUAUUCUGAAAGCACUUAGUCAAAGCAAUGGAGUAGUGCUACCUCCUUAUGGCAACAGUCAGACCUUUGCUGACGUGGAGGCCAUGGGGUCCUCAGUUCCCCAGCUGCUGGAGGACCCAAAGGGGGAGCCUGGUCACAGUUCACCUGUGUCUAACUCUGCUAGCGCUAACACUACUACUAACCCUGAGUCUGUCGGUCACAACACUGACCUGCAGGACUAUCCGGAUACCAACGGCAAUGAGAGUUUAACAGAGGAGAAUAGACCACUGUCUUCCACAGAGAGCCUGCGACAGCUCUCACAGCAACUGAACGGCCUGGUCUCUGAGUCAUCUGCUGCAUAUGUGAAUGGGGAUACUGCAUCACCUGGCAAUGAGAGAGAACUGGAGAUUCGGAACCAGGAGCUGGCAGCCGCCCUGGAGUCCAGCAACCUAACAAACUCUCAGCUCAAUACCAAGCUAGACCAGCUGGUACAGCAAUCUCAAGGGCUCUCAGAUCAGCUACAAAAGGAGCGAAAAGAUUUUGAACAGAGAUUUUCAAGAGAGCAGGGUGCCAUGCGCGAACAAUUACAGGUUCACAUCCAGACCAUUGGUAUACUGGUAUCAGAGAAAUCAGAGCUACAAACAGCACUACAAUACACACAACAGGCUGCACGGCAGAAAACAGCUGAGACAGAGGAGUUGAAUAACCGUCUGCAGGCAACAAGGCAGAGAGUGUCAGAGCUGGAGAGAACUCUCUCCUCUGUCUCAACACAGCAGAAACAGUUUGAAAAGCACAACAAAGAGCUUGAAAAGGAGAGAGACAACCUGAGGCUAGAGAUGUUUAGACUUAAUAAUAUGAGUGAGGAGUCGAAGCAGCAGAACUCGGAGAUGUCGGAGCAGCUGAAGCUGAGUACACAAGAGAAUGGAGCAAUGAGGCUGGAGGUGGAAGAUCUUCGCAAGAGACUUGAGAUAGCCGACCUCAUGUUGCAACAGUGCUCCAAUCAGUCAGAUCCCACCAGUGCCAACCAGCAGGUCCAGUUACUGCUGGAAGAUAAGCAGCAGCUGGAGGCACAUAAUCAACAGUUGUUGGAGUCGAUUGCCCAGCUGCAGACCGAGAGGGACUGUUAUGCAGAGCAGAUUCAUGAGGAAGGACGUGUAUGGAAGGACAAAACAGAACAGCUGCUAACACAGGUGUCUUUGGUUGCAGAGGAGAGGGACAGAAACAUCAGCCGAGUCCAAGAACUGGAGGCCAGCAUCACAGAGCUGAAAAAUGCUGCAGCAUUAUUGUCCCAGGAGAGAGAGGCUCAGGAUAUUGCAGAAACUCAGUCCUCGGGACCAUCAGAGAGUGAGGUGGCUCUGCAGGAGGCACUCAGCACUCUACAACAGGAGAAAGACGCUCUUACUGCACAGUACCAAGCACAGCUGCGAGAUAACGAGCAGCUGAGCCGCCUGUGUGCAGAACAGGAGACGCGUCUUGGGGAGCUGGAGCGGCAGGUGGGCAGCCAAGUCCAGGAUGAAGGGGACCGCCGGCGCAUGUUGGAGGAUGUUCAGUCAGACAAGGCCACUAUUAGUCGUGCUCUCACCCAGAACCGGACACUGAAGGACCAGCUGGCUGAGCUACAGAACGGUUUUGUCAAACUGACUAAUGAGAACAUGGAGCUGACCACUGCCAUCCAGUCAGAGCAACACGUGAAAAAAGAGCUGGCUCGUAGAAUGGGUGAACUGCAAGAGGCACUGCACAAUUUCAAGGAGCAGCUGGAGCUUAAAAAUAAGGAGACUCAGGCUCUGAUGGAGCAGAGGGACCAGGUAGUGGCCUACCUGCAGCAGUACUGUGCUGGCUACCAGACCCUGGCCUCAGAGAGAGAACAGCUCCACCAACAGCAUCUGCAGCAGAUCCAGCUCAUGGACCGGCUGCAGCAUGAUGAAAGUCAGGGCCGCGUGCAACUGGAGAUCAGUCACAAUCAGCUCAAACAAGCGCAGGAGCAUUUGGACCUGUUAGCCAGAGACAAUGAGCAGUUGAAGGCUGAGGUGAAGGAGCUGCUCAAUAGCUCAGCUCUUGCCUCGUCAUCCAGAGACCAAGGCGAUGGAGUGGAAAGCCAGUCCAUGCAAGAGAGCCCAAAGAAGUCCUCCUCCAUAGUUAUCCCAGAAGACUUUGAGAGCCAGAAGGAGAUGGAGGAGUUUAUCCGAGGAACUGUGGCUCAGUUGGAGGCCGAGAGGGAUGAGGCCAGAAGGCAAUUGGAGGAAGAGCAUAGGCUCCACAUGGCAGCCCGGCACCAGACCGCUGUGGCCCUCAGCCUUGAACACCAACACUACAGCCACAAACCUGUUCAUGACCACCAUCACGAGCAUCAUGAGCAUCACGAGCAUCACGAGCAUGAUCACUCUCAGGGCCAACAUAGUCAAUGUGAACACAGUCAUGAGCAUUCAGAAGGAGGAGUACCUGUGGAAGUUCAUCAGGCCCUGCAAGUUGCCAUGGAGAAGCUUCAGCAUCGUUUCACCUCCCUCAUGCAAGAGAAAGCUGACCUGAAGGAGAGGGUGGAGGAGUUAGAGCACCGCUGCAUCCAGCUGUCUGGAGAGACAGACACUAUAGGGGAGUACAUAGCCCUGUACCAGAGUCAGCGGGCCAUUAUGAAGCAGAAACACCAUGAGAAGGAGCAGUACAUCAGCAUGCUGGCUCAGGACAAGGAGGAGAUGAAGAUGAAGCUGGCUGAGCUGCAGGAUCUGGUGAUGAGGUUGGUGGCUGAGAGGAAUGACUGGUACAGCCGCUACACCGGAGCUGUGGCUGGCGCAGGCACAGUGAACCCAGACCUUCUUCCUGUCGGGGAGGAUCACGCUCACCCAGAGCACCAAGCACACACACACACAGAGUUUGAUGCUGUCAGUGGAGCAGAAGCCAUGGAGGUCAUUCCUCUGUCGGAGCCCACCACAGACCUGGAAGCCUCCUCGUCCCAGACGCUUUCGACCGGGUCGGCCCAAACUGACUCCAAGCCCCUGGGCCCCAAAGAAGACGGCACAGCCCAGCAGAUCAUGCAGCUGCUCCAGGAGAUCCAGAACCCUCAGGGAGCACUAAGGUCACCCCACUUCCUCGGAGAAAACCCCUGCAUCCCCUUCUUCUACCGGCCUGAUGAACAGGACGAAGUCAAGAUCCUGGUGGUGUGAGUUGCGGGUGUGACAGAGGCUGGUGUGUAUGUGUGAGAGAUAUUGGACAUGUCUUGAAGUCUGGGGAAUAUUAAACACCACAGUUUACCGUCUUUGUAGCUUAUUUAUCAUAUUCAUAAACACUUUGACACCCUGCAAAACUGGUCACUGGUCUUUGACCCAAUUACAUGAAAAUGUCCCCUCUCUGUUCUGUGUGUUGGCACUCAUGUGUGCAUGGUUAAAAGUCUUUUCUAUUUGAUGUUUUUAUGUUUUUGGGGUUGUUUUUGUCUAUGAUGCUCUUCCCAGAGAAGAGAUGAUCAGUAUUCCUUAAUGUAAUCUGAUUAGUCUCCUUACCACAAUUUUUAAUUCCCAUCCUUCCUCUCGUCUCCCGUCUUACACAUAAGUGCAAUAAAGGGGGCCGUAUAUCCUCCUCGCUGAUAAAGUACUUAAAGAGCUGUCAGAAAAUUAGCAGCGUGUUCGUGUGCAACUUAAUUUUAGUGCAAAUCUCAGUUUUACACAAUUCACUGUACAAAUGCCAAAAAAUAGCCUCACGUUUGAAUGUAAUAACGAGAAUAUUUACCUGUAUGUCUGUGUAAUGACGAAAUGUGAGGAGAACAGAUGAUGGUGAAAGGGCGGAGAAGAGACGGAGAGUGAGGUGUAAGUUAAAAGUCGGAAAAGAAACUUGGUGCACAUAAUAGCUUUUGAACUGAAGGCGCCAUUCUGUUUCAAAGUGAAGAGCUCGCUAGUUACAUGAUCAGGUUCAGGAAGGUGGAGGCAGGUGUCGCAGAUUGGUACUGUCCCUAAAACUACCUUUUCUCUACAUUGUCUUUUUGCUCCAAACACUGAAAAAGAAGUCGUAUGUUUGUACAGUGCGAAAUGUUAAUAUAUGUGAAACCUUUGUGUUGUGAUGUCAGAGAGAAGUCACCACCGUUACAAAAAGGUGUUUUCUGAGUCAUUAGGGGAGAGAUGCAAUUUAGAGACCCCAAAAAAACUAAUCAGUCAAAGUUAUUAAGCCAUUUUUUUUCUGAUUAGUUGCUGAAACAGUGGAGAAGCACAUCUUCUUCACACUGUAAUUCAGAUGAAUACUAGAGCUUGGGGUGCGCUGCUUUUUUUCUGCUUUAUCUUUGCCAUUAGUGUGAGGAAGUUGCAGGAAGUUUGGUGUUAAAAUCUCUUUAUCUGCACUUAAUCUUUCUUCUUCAGUUAUUCUACCCCACAGUAUCAUCACUCAAGUCAUGAAAAUCUAUAUUUAUUUCCUCGUCAGAGAUGCUCAUCCAUAACUGAGCUGUAACCUCUAUUUCAUGGGGUCUUUAAGUUUCUAAACAAAUUGACACUAUUAAUAAGAGCCUGUUCUGUUCUGUUACGUUUGCAUGUAGUUCCACAUAUCAAAGAUGAUUCGAUGCACAUCAUUUACAACUGGACUGUGAGUGUAUGUGAUGCGUGCGUGUAAUCCAGACCUUUUCCUCUUCAGCUGAAGUCCCAUCUGUUGUGCUUUUUUUUCCUAUCGUAUAAUAUAAGUAUGAUUGCACUAAAACUGUACAAAGCUUCUCAUUCAGCUCAAUGACGGAUGGUUCUAUCAUAGAGCCUCUUAGCUGGCUUAAUAAUGUCUGGAGAAAAAGGGGAAUCCUAUGACGCCUCUCUCUUAAGCUGAGGGUUCCAGUUGAAGCAAAUUUAAUUGGAAGUGUGUGUGUGUGCGUGCGUGCAGUGUUGCACUUGGAAUAUGAAGGAGGACGGUGUGUAAAUAUAAGUAGAAGGUAAAUUUAAUGAGAUUGCUCACUUCAACAAGUCGUGAUGUUAUUCCCAAAAGAGAGGGACCAAUCAGAAUUUGAGAAAAUGAACAUCUCUUUCCAAAACUGGAGGACAAAACUAAUCAGCUUUGUCAUGUUCAUAUUUUGACCAACAACACUUGAGUAAACCUCGUUUGGGCAUUAAAAGGGUCCCAAGAUCUGGAUCGAUGUUUCAGGCUUUAAGAGAUGCUCAUAUUCACAAAUGUAGAUUGGAGGAUGAAUUGUUCGGCAUCUUCACUGAGAGCUACGCAAUCACAGCAGAAUGUUUCUUUCUUUUUUCUUUUUCUUUUUCUUUUUUUUUUUUAAUUUCAGAUCAAAUCUUGGCAAAGGCCUCUGUUUUGUGAGAGUCUUUCCAUGAUUUGAAUAUGCAAGGUUAUGAGGGUCUCACUGUAAGUCAUACAAAAAAAUAAAAAUAAAACACAAACUACUUUUGGAGGUGUUUUUUUACCCUCUUAUUUGGAUGUCUUUUAAUUUUUAAGAUCCUCUUUUUUGUGUUCACUUUGAAGAAGAGUAGACAUUGGCAUCAAAUAUUAAAUUGCACACUUGAUAUUUAUCACUGAAAGCAACAGGACAGAAGGCAUUGGUGGUAUUUUAAACUUAUUAUAGGAAGCAAAAUGUAAUUAAAAUAUAAGGUAUGUGGAGGCCUUAUUUACUUGGUGGUUUUUUUUUUACAGGGAAAGUAAACAGCACUGCGUCUACCCUAAACCACAGCACUUUAUAAGUAAACGCUGUGGUUCCUCUCAUUCUUGAUUUUUUUUUUAUUAUUCCUCGCUUCAUAGCAUUCUGUCACUUUUUUGUUUCCUUUGAAACAUGCCACAAAGUAUGAUUUUCCUUCAUUUUGUUUCUGGGAGUGGGCAGAGAGGUAAAUAUACAAUAAAAUCCUUGUAGUGUUGUUUCGGGGCUUGUAAAAUAACAAAUAAAACAAUGUGGAUAUAAAAAUUACUUCCCACGCUUUCUAAUUCACUGUUAAAUAUGUUAUGCGUGAUUGAAAGAACUAGCAGUGAGAAAGCAUUUAUUGUCUUUACUGUAAGAGAGGUGGUGUAUAUACUGUAACUGUGUAAGAUAUUGUAUAUUCAUUAUGCCUGGUGUGUGGGGGGAAAGCUGCUCUGCCAUGUUUACUGGCAGCGUGGACUGCGUGUAUGUCUGUUAGUUCAGAGUCGGGCAUUGGCAGUUACUGACUGGCUGUGAUUUAAUACAAAGAUUGACUAAAAAAAAGAGAAAAUAUUAUAUUUAUUUGGUAUAAGUUAGUAUCUCAACUAAUCAGUUUUAAUGUAAAAUAGAAGUGACUGUUGGAUGGAAAAUAAUUAUUAUUCAGAGAACUGAUCUGUUUGAGGGCUGCUUCUGACAGAAGCUUACUGAUUUUUUUUUUUCCUUGAGUAAUAUUUUCUCUCCUUCUCCUGAAUAAAACUGAUUGAGCGACUUACA